AUGUCGCUCUUCACACCAGCCCCUCUUCCCCGGACCAACCUCGGCCGUUAUCGUCGUUUGUCACCUACAGCAGGUAUCCAUGUGUCCCCGAUCCAGCUCGGCGGGGCCAACAUCGGUGAUAAGUGGCACACGAUCGGCCUGGGGGAGAUGGACGAGAAGUCGUCGAUCGCGCUGUUGGACGCGUACUUCGAUGCGGGCGGAAACUUCAUCGAUACGUCGAGCAAUUACCAGGACGGGCGAUCGGAAGAGAUUAUUGGAGAGUGGGCGGAGAAGAGGGGUAUCCGCGACCAGCUCGUCAUAGCCACCAAGUACACGUCUCCGCACAAGUCUCACGACCAGUCGAUCACCCAGAAGGUUAACUACAUCGGCAACAACGUCAAGUCGUUGCAUAUAUCCGUCGAGGCCUCGCUGAAGAAACUUCGGACGUCGUACAUUGAUAUUCUUUACGUGCACUGGUGGGACUGGGACACGAGCGUGGAGGAGGUCAUGAACGGCCUCCACGCGCUCGUCCUGGCCGGGAAGGUCCUUUACCUGGGUAUAUCUGAUACGCCGGCAUGGGUGGUAUCCUCGGCAAACCGGUACGCGCGUGAUCACGGGAAAACGCCGUUCGUGAUCUACCAAGGCGCAUGGAACGUCAUGGAACGCUCCUUCGAGCGUGAAAUUAUCCCCAUGGCUCGUUAUGAAGGAAUUGAGACGUCGUUUCUUGACCAAUCAGGCCUCGCACUCGCGCCGUGGAACGUGCUCGCCGGCGGUAAGAUCCGCACGGACGAGGAAGAGCAGCGCCGCCGGGAGUCGGGUGAGAAAGGCCGGACGGUGUUGAACCCAAAUUGGGAGCGAACGGAGGACGAGAGGAAGGUGUGCAAGGCGCUCGAGAAGGUCGCGGCCGAGGUCGGCGCGAAGCAUAUCACUGCCGUCGCGAUCGCGUACUUGAUGCAAAAGACGCCGCACGUAUUCCCCAUCGUCGGCGGACGGAAGGUCGAGCAAUUGCUCGCGAACAUUGAAGCGCUCAGCAUCACUCUCAAGCCCGAGCAAGUCGAGUAUCUCGAGAGCAUCGUGCCGUUCGACCCCGGGUUCCCGAACAGCAUGAUCGGCGACGGGACCAAGUACUCGUUGUUCAUGGCGAUGUCGAACUUGGACAAAGAUCCGCUGGUCCCGGUCAUCCGUCCGCAGUAG